AGUGUUUGCUUUGACUCAAGACACUCAACUGCAGAGCGCCGCUACGGAGGAGGAGGUGCCGCCGUUUUUCUUCACUUUUUUAUUCCUUCGGAAGAGUCAUUUUAUUAAUGAAAACGGAAAUAGGAUAUUCAAUAUUCAAAACAAAGUGAGGAGCUGGAGCGUGCUCAGUGAGUUUGGGGAGACGGCGCCAUGGCGGUCUCCACUCAACUGGGCUUACUUCUUUGGAAAAACUUCACGUACCGAAGACGACAGACUAUUCAGCUGCUGAUUGAGAUAAUCUGGCCUCUCUUCAUCUUCUUCAUCCUCAUCUCAGUUCGGAUACACUAUCCACCCUACGAGCAGCAUGAAUGCCAUUUCCCUAACAAGGCCAUGCCUUCAGCGGGCACGCUGCCUUGGGUACAAGGAAUCAUCUGUAAUGCCAACAACCCCUGCUUCCGGAACCCAACCCCUGGAGAGAGCCCCGGGGUUGUGGGCAACUUUAACGAUUCGAUAAUCUCCCGACUCUUCAAUGAUGCCAAGAAGAUCCUGUUGUACACCCAGAAUGACAAGAGCUACGAGGGCUACCGUGGGCUGCUGAGGGCCCUCCACAAGAUGCAGAAGAACACCCCCCGUUUCAAGCUGAAGGACUUUUUGAAAGAUAACGAAACCCUCUCCCACUUCUUGCAUCACAACGCCUCGCUUCCCCGUCACGCGCUGAAGCAGAUCGUAGAGGCUGACGUCAAUCUGGAAAAGGUUCUGACUAAGGGUUUUGGCUUCCAUCUCAGAGACUUGUGUAACGCAACACCUCUGGAGGAGUUUGUCCAUAUUGCUGACCGCAAUGUAUCUCGCCUGACGCAAGAGAUUAUCUGCAAGUCGUCCAAGGACUGGCUGAACAAGGCCCAAAGCCACUUCCUGUCGAACUUGGACUUCCUCAAGCCCAUUCGAAAAGACGUAAAGUCGGAUCCCAGGGUAGUUCAGGAAGUCUCAGCUGCAACGGAUUAUCUUCUGGAGAGCCUCGGAGAACUGGCGGUGGAGCUUGCCAGCAUGAAGAGUUGGAAAGACAUGCGAAAUGAGAUCCUGUAUCUCACUGCGAAUGCCACAGGCUCUCCGAAUCAGAUGUACCAGGCUGUGUCACGUAUUGUCUGUGGUCACCCCGAGGGGGGCGGCCUUAAAAUCAAGUCCCUCAAUUGGUAUGAGGAUAACAACUACAAGGCGCUGUUUGGAAACCAUGGCAACGACAGCGACAACGAUCCUAUUUCCGCAUACGACAACACAUCCACUCCUUACUGUAACAGCAUGAUGCGAAACUUGGAAUCCAGUCCCAUAUCCAGGAUGAUCUGGAGAGCUCUGAAGCCUUUGCUCAUGGGAAAGAUCCUCUACACCCCAGAUACUCCAGCGACGCAGAGGAUAAUCCACGAGGUGAACAAGACUUUCCAGGAGCUGGGCCUGUUGAGGGACCUCGGAGGAAUGUGGGAUGAGAUGAAGCCCAAAGUAUGGAACUUCAUGGAGAACAGUGAGGAGAUAGACUUAGUCAGGACAUUGCUCCAAAAUAACGCCAGCGCCACUUUCUUGAAUACUCAACUCAGUGGCACUGAGUGGCGCGUGUCCGACCUGUCGCGCUUUCUCUCCAAGUCUGUGGUAGACCAAAAAGCUGCAGGAUCAGUAUACACCUGGAGAGAGGUCUUCAACGAAACGGACCAGGCCAUCCAGACCAUUACCCGCUUCAUGGAGUGUGUGAACCUGGAUAAACUGGAGCCAGUCGCAAAUGAAGAGCGCUUAGUUAACAAAUCCAUGGGUCUGCUUGACAACCAGAAGUUCUGGGCAGGCAUUGUGUUUCCUGACAUCGCCCACGGCAACAGCUCUGACUUGCCCUCUAACGUCAACUACAAAAUCCGCAUGGACAUCGACAACGUUGAGAGGACCAACAAGAUCAAGGAUGGCUACUGGGACCCUGGCCCCAGAGCCGACCCCUUCGAGGACUUGCGUUACAUAUGGGGCGGAUUCUCCUACCUGCAAGAUGUGAUUGAACAGGGAAUCAUCCGAGCUGUGACGGGCAGCAAGGAAAAGACUGGUGUUUACAUUCAGCAGAUGCCCUACCCCUGCUACGUGGAUGACAUUUUCCUACGGGUGAUGAGUCGAUCGAUGCCCUUGUUUAUGACUUUGGCGUGGAUGUACUCGGUGGCCAUCAUCAUCAAGGGAGUGGUCUACGAGAAGGAAGCCCGGCUCAAGGAGACCAUGAGGAUCAUGGGACUGAACAAUGGCAUUUUGUGGCUCAGCUGGUUCAUCAGCAGUUUGAUUCCAUUGCUUAUCAGCGCUGGCUUGUUGGUCAUGUUGUUGAAGACCGGAAACUUGCUGCCUUACAGCGACUCAGGGGUCGUCUUUCUUUUCCUGAGCUCCUUCGGCGUAGUAACCAUCAUGCAGUGCUUCCUUAUUAGCACAUUGUUCUCUCGCGCUAACUUGGCAGCGGCCUGCGGUGGAAUCAUCUAUUUCACCCUCUACCUGCCCUACGUGUUGUGUGUUGCCUGGCAAGACUACAUCGGAUACGGAGCAAAACUUGUUGUGAGCCUGCUGUCUCCUGUAGCUUUUGGAUUUGGCUGUGAGUACUUAUCCCUGUUUGAGGAGCAAGGUGUGGGAAUCCAGUGGUCCAACUUGCUGGCCAGCCCUCUGGAGGAGGAUAGCUACAACCUGACCACCUCCAUCUGUCUCAUGCUCUUCGACGCUGUGCUCUAUGGACUGAUGACAUGGUAUAUUGAGGCUGUGUUCCCUGGCCAGUAUGGAAUACCCAGACCUUGGUAUUUCCCUUUCACAAAGACAUACUGGUGUGGCGAAAAAGAGAACCAGAACCUCUCAACGCCUUUGUCCACAAAAGGCAACGCUGAUGCUGUGUGCAUAGAGGAGGAGCCAAGCCACAUUGAGCCAGGUGUUUACAUUGAGAAUCUAGUGAAGGUCUAUAGCCAUGGAAACAAACUCGCAGUAGAUGGACUAUCCCUGAGAUUCUACGAAGGACAGAUCACCUCCUUCCUCGGCCACAAUGGAGCUGGAAAGACCACAACAAUGUCGAUCCUGACAGGGUUGUUUCCGCCCACCUCAGGAACGGCCUACAUCCUGGGCAAAGACAUUCGCUCAGAACUUAGCAACAUCAGGCAAAAUCUUGGUGUUUGCCCCCAGCACAAUGUUCUUUUCAGCAUGCUGACAGUGGAGGAGCACAUCUGGUUCUACGGCCGCCUGAAAGGACUGCCUGCGGAGAUGGUGAAGGCCGAGAUGGAACAAAUUGUUAACGAUGUUGGAUUGCCUCACAAACGACAGUCACGCACCAGCACACUUUCCGGAGGGAUGCAGAGGAAGUUGUCCGUGGCCUUGGCUUUUGUCGGAGGCUCCAAGGUUGUGAUCUUGGACGAACCCACUGCUGGUGUUGAUCCUUAUGCACGUAGGGGAAUCUGGGACCUGCUUCUUAAAUACAGACAAGGCCGCACCAUUAUCCUGUCUACCCAUCACAUGGACGAAGCAGACAUCCUGGGUGACCGCAUUGCCAUUAUCUCCCACGGCAAGCUGUGCUGUGUCGGCUCUUCGCUCUUCCUAAAGACCCAGCUGGGCACGGGCUACUACUUGACCCUGGUUAAGAGAGACUACGAUUUGGCACUUCAGUCUUGCAGGAAUUCUGCCAGCACCGUUUCCUAUAGCAAGAAAACCGAAAAGGAGGAUAGCGUGUCUGAGAGCAGUUCAGAUGCAGGCCUUGGCAGUGAACCAGAGAGUGAGACCACCACAAUUGACGUUUCCCUCAUCUCCAACGUGAUAUUUAAGCAUGUCUCAGAAGCUCGCCUGGUGGAAGACGUUGGACAUGAGCUCACUUACAUCUUGCCCUACCAGUCAGCCAAAGAUGGAGCCUUUGUGGAGCUCUUCCAUGAGCUUGAUGACCGUCUCACUGACCUGGGAAUAUCAAGCUAUGGCAUAUCUGACACCACCCUAGAGGAGAUUUUCUUAAAAGUUGCUGAAGACAGUGGAGUCGAUGCUGUGGAACUUUCAGACGGAGUAGUGCCAACGCGGACUCGUCGCCGUCAUGCAUUUGGAGACCAUCAAAGCUGCCUGAAGCCCUUCACUGAGGAUGACUUUGACUGCAACGAUUCUGAAGAAUCUCGUGAGACCGACUGGCUUAGUGGAAUAGAUGGUAAAGGCUCAUACCAGGUCAAAGGAUGGAGUCUAAAGCGCCAGCAGUUUGUAGCGCUACUCUGGAAAAGAUUCCUGUAUGCUCGGCGUUCCAGGAAAGGCUUUUUCGCCCAGAUUGUCCUCCCAGCUGUAUUUGUGUGUAUUGCGCUGGUGUUCAGCCUAAUUGUGCCUCCAUUUGGAAAGUACCCAAGUCUGGCUCUGGAUCCUGGAAUGUAUGGGGAGCAGUUUACCUUCAUCAGUAAUGACUUACCCGAGGACCCUCACACCAACAAACUUCUUGGAGCUCUGACAGACAAACCAGGAUAUGGAACACGUUGCAUGGAAGGACAACCCAUUACGGAUACUCCGUGUGCAGCAAUGGAGGACGAGUGGUCCGUUCCACAAGUACCUCAAAGUCUAAGGGACAUGUUUGACAAAGGCAACUGGUCCAUGGAGAAUCCAUCUCCUCUGUGCGAAUGCAGCUGUGAGGGACGUAAAAGGAUGCUGCCCGAAUGUCCAAGCGGUGCAGGGGGUCUUCCACCGCCACAGAUUAGGUUAAGCGAUAAAGACACUCUUCAAAAUUUGACUGGUAGAAACGUGUCAGAUUAUCUGGUGAAGACUUACGCUCAGAUCAUUGGCAAAAGCCUGAAGAACAAGAUUUGGGUCAAUGAGUUCAGAUACGGUGGCUUUUCACUCGGGGCCAGAGGCUCUCAGCUUUCAGCCCACAGCGACCAGAUCGAUGAUGCCAUUGCUCAACUCCGCAGACGCUUCCAUCUAGAAAGGGGGACAGCAGCAGAUCGUUUCUUCCGUAGUCUCUCCAACUUCAUUCAAGGGUUGAACACCAACAAUAAUGUCAAGAUCUGGUUCAACAACAAGGGCUGGCACAGUAUCGGCUCUUUCCUCAACGUGAUGAACAAUGGAAUCCUUCGAGCAAGCCUGCCAGCCGGCAAAGACUCUGCCAGGUUUGGCAUCACUGCCUUUAAUCAUCCUCUCAACCUCACCAAGGAACAGCUGUCACAAGUGGCACUAAUGACAACAUCAGUGGAUGUGCUGGUGUCCAUCUGCGUGAUCUUCGCCAUGUCCUUUGUGCCGGCCAGCUUUGUUGUUUUCCUCAUUCAGGAGAGGGUGAACAAGGCCAAACACAUGCAGUUCAUAAGCGGAGUGCAACCAUUCCUCUAUUGGCUGGCCAACUUUGUCUGGGACAUGUGUAACUACAUUGUCCCUGCCACACUGGUUAUCAUUAUCUUCAUCUGCUUCCAACAAGAUGCUUAUGUCUCCUCCACCAACCUGCCUGUGCUGGCCUUGCUGCUGCUGCUCUAUGGAUGGUCCAUCACCCCUCUGAUGUACCCAGCGUCCUUCUUCUUUAAGAUCCCCAGCACAGCCUACGUGGUUUUAACCAGCGUCAACAUACUGAUCGGAAUCAACGGCAGCGUGUCCACAUUUGUACUGGAGCUGUUUGGAGGCAAUGAGAUCGGUGGUAUCAAUGACAUCCUGAAGAACGUGUUCCUCAUCUUCCCUCACUUCUGUCUGGGGAGAGGCCUAAUCGACAUGGUGAAGAACCAAGCAAUGGCUGAUGCUUUGGAAAGAUUUGGUGAAAACCGUUUCCGUUCUCCCUUGGCUUGGGACAUGGUGGGAAAGAACCUGUUCGCAAUGGCCAUUGAAGGAGUGAUCUUCUUUUGCAUCACUGUCCUCAUUCAGUAUCACUUUUGCAUCAAGGCCAGAUCAUCCUCCAGUCACCUGAAGCCUAUUGGAGAAGAGGAUGAAGAUGUGGCCAGAGAACGACAGAGAAUCCUCAGUGGAGGAGGACAGUCCGACAUCUUGGAGCUUCGGCAGCUCACUAAGAUUUACAAGCGGAAACAGAAGCCAGCUGUGGACCGACUCUGCGUUGGCAUCCCCCCAGGCGAGUGCUUUGGUUUGCUGGGAGUCAAUGGAGCUGGCAAAACCAGUACGUUUAAAAUGCUGACAGGGGAUUCGGUGGUCACAAGUGGAGAGGCCUAUCUGGCAGGAAAGAGUGUAACAACAGAAAUAGAUGAGGUGCAUCAGAACAUGGGCUACUGUCCUCAGUUUGAUGCCAUCAAUGACCUGCUGACUGGACGGGAGCACCUUGAGUUCUACGCCAUUCUAAGAGGCGUGCCGGAGAAGGAAGUGUGUGAGGUGGCAGAGUGGGGCAUCCGCAAGUUGGGGUUAGUCAAGUAUGUGGACAAGAGCGCAGGCAGCUACAGUGGAGGCAACAUGAGGAAACUGUCUACUGCCAUCGCUCUCAUAGGAGGACCACCUGUUGUGUUCCUGGAUGAACCGACAACAGGCAUGGACCCUAAGGCACGGCGCGCCCUGUGGAACGCCAUACUGAGCAUCAUCAAAGAGGGACGAUCGGUCGUCCUGACCUCCCACAGCAUGGAGGAAUGUGAAGCACUUUGCACCAGGAUGGCCAUCAUGGUCAACGGCAGGUUCCGCUGCCUGGGGAGUGUGCAGCACCUUAAAAACAGGUUUGGGGAUGGCUACACCAUCAUCCUGAGGGUGGCCGGACCGGAUCCAGACCUCCGGCCGGUGAUGGAGUUUAUCGAGCAAGAACUUCCAGGCAGUAACCUGAAGGAGAAACAUCGCAACAUGCUUCAGUACCAGCUUCCCUCAUCCCUCACCUCCCUUGCACGAAUCUUCUCCCUGCUGGCCACCAACAAGGAGGCACUUAGGAUAGAGGACUACUCUGUCUCUCAGACCACUUUAGACCAAGUGUUUGUAAAUUUUGCCAAGGACCAAAGUGAUGAGGACCACUUAAAAGACGUCCACCUAAGCAAACGGGACGCCGUAGUGGUGGACAUUUCCCAGCUAAACUCUUUCCUCAUGGACAACAAGACCAGGGAGAGCUGCGUCUGAUUCCAGCAGUGGGUACUGCCAUGCAUCAUCAUCCCCCCCCUACGGCGUCAUCCCGCCACAGAUAAUCUGAAGUGGACGACGGGCCUUUUUUUUUUUUGGUUUCUCAUUUGUAGUCUCCAUUUGUUUUUUUAUUGUAAAUCCUCAGUGGACCUGCUGUUAAACGCACAGCCUCUGAAGACGUGACGAGGCAGACUGCAGGUUUUUCGUGAAAGACACUGAACUUGAUGCAAAUCAAUGCAAGAAAUGUCUAUAUUUAAAGACGAGAGGAUACCGGUGGGAGGGUUUGGAGACCGGCGCUUCUAACCCUCCACCGUAUCGGACACUUGAAGUGCGUUUUGACUGGGAGAGCGGCCAGGCUACCCACUUUUUGAAAGCCUAGUCCGAAAAGUUCUGAUCAUUCACUGCCAACUGCAAAAAAAAAAAAAGGACUAACAAAUCUUAUUCAGGGUCUGAUCUAUUUGUUACCAACAGCAGUUUUAUAACACAGUGACAGUCCGACUCAUUUCAAAGGAGGAACACCAAACGUUUUUUACAAAUUAAUUUUUUUUGUUGUUUUCAAUAUGUAUACGAUAAGUCGUAACUUUGUUGUAUUUUUUUGAAAACCUUUUUUUUUUUUAUUGGUUUCUUCUUGACGUGGGGUCAUCAUCACAGUGCCUAUGUGAAGGGGAGGAGGAAGGAGUACAUCUGAGCACUCCUUUAUGAAGGACUACAACAAAAUAGGCUGCCAGGGAAUGUUCCAGACAAAGCACAGAAACUGCUUUUGUUUUUUCAAAGGAAGCUCUCACGUCUCGUAACGUGCAACUCGAUGUCUGAACGUGUUUUACUCGCCGUCUUGAAAUGGUUGUGACUUCCUACGAGUGGAAACGGACGGACAAUGUAAGCUCUGUUACAUUGUCGACGAUUAUUGCAUGCUCCCCUCUGCCCGGAUGCACACUUGCCACUAUUCUAGUGUGCUUUAGGCCAUACUUGCCAACCCUCCCGAAAUUCAGCGCCUCACCCGAAAACCUCCCGGGAUGAAUAUUCUCCCGAAAAUCUCCCGAUUUUCAGCCGGAGCUGGAGGCCACACCCCCUCCAGCUCCAUGCGGACCUGAGUGAGGACAGCCUUUUUUCAAGACGGGAGGACAACAGGGUGACAAGAACUAAAUCAUCCAGACUAGAGAUAAAUUGUAUUAUUAUGUUUAUCUUACCUAAAAAUAAAUAUAUUUAUUAAUUUAAAAAAAAUAAAAAAUACAUUUUUACUAUAUUUUGCUAAAAACAUCAAAAUUAAUUGUAUUUUUAUUUGUAUUUUUUCGGACUCCUUAUUACAUCCAGCCAUAGAAUUAUACAUUAAAAUAAACAUAUUUGAAAUAAUUAAUUUUAAAUUAUCAUAAUAAUUCAUUUAAAAUUACCAUAUUUAAUUAUUAAAAUAAUUGCUUGUUUAUCAACAACUUUAGCAUUUUAUUCAUUACAUUUUGAAGCUCUCCGAAGCCAAGUUAUGUUAUAUUCCUUAAGAUUUAUUUAUGCAAGUUUGAAGUAUCAAUUAUCUAAACAUAGUUUUGUUUGCAUAUUUUCAGGAUAUAUAUAUAUAUAUAUAUAUAUGAAAUACUUGACUUGGUGAAUUCUAGCUGUCAAUAUACUCCUCCCCUCUUAGCCCCGCCACGCCCCUACCUCCUGAAAACGGAGGUCUCAAGGUUGGCAAGUAUGGCUUAGGCAUGGAAGGACUUGGAUCAUUUGCGCGUCACGUACCUGUGGGGCUUUACAUCCAAUUGUUAUUAGUGGGGAUGGAAGUAGGAAGGCGGCACUCGCACAUGCGAAACGAUGAAAAAGUACUACUAUUGGAACUGAAGAUGGCGCUUGAGUUGGGACGUAGAUGUUUCUGUGCAGUAGCAGUCUUGUGACGUUAACAAAAAUAUGUCUGCGGCGGAAUCGAGAAAGUAUCUGUGCCAAAUUGAGCUGCAUACAGUAGGGAAGGGAUUCAUAUAGCCACAUUCCGUGAGAUGCAAUGCAGUCUGCUGAAAAUGACGGAAAGCGCCACUCCACAUAUUAACUGGCGCUGUGGUCAAAGUUGGAACACAUUUUAAGAUAUCCAACACUCUGGCGGCUAAAGUGGAUAGUGCACCCUCUUUGUCACGUUUCAUGUGUCAGGUAAAUUGCGAAAUCCCUUUUCUACUGCAUUUAUCAACCAGCAGAGACAACUGUUUUGUAAAAUGUGGGAAAUGUGUGCUUUCAUGUUUCCCCCAUUAGGUCAGUCAAUUCAAAGCAAUCGUCAAAGGACAUCUGAUGUAAAAUAGUGACAAAGUUGCCAAACUGUGCUGCCAUGGCUUCAACGACAACUAUUGACUGGACACAACCUGGGACCACAGCAAUUGAGUUAAUCUGACCAAAUGAUAUACAUAUCCAGGGCUCAAUUUGAUAGUAGGCUUGUAUUACCGGUGCUCAGUGUUAUCACAGAAGGGGUUUCCUAACAGCUCUGGACUAGUUAGAAAAGCUGUUACGCUUCAUAAUGUUGAAGAAGAAGAAGAAGAAGAAAAAAGCGUGAUUAAAGCCAAUGGGAUAUCAAAAAAAGAAAAAAGAAAAAGUAAUGCACUUGAGCUCCGAAACAUUUGUUUUGAAAGGUGAAGAAGUCGAAAGGAUUAGACACGAGCGACAGCGGUAAUGUGGUUUCCUUCUCUUGUGCUCAAUAUUAUUAUUCGUUUACAUUUUUUUUUUUUUUUUCAAGUAUUAAACAGCUGUUUGAGUCUGUUACCUGUUAUGUAAAGUAAAUAUUAUAAUAAAGUUGAUACGUUUAAAACCAAAAAA